GGGAGGGGUUGCAGAAUGUGGAGAAGUGUCACACAGAUCAGACACAAAGGAAUCCAGGUCCUCAGGGCACAGCUCCCUGCUCAGCCAUCCUUGAGUGCUUUACCUGCAGCCUUCCUCCCUCACAGCCAAGUGCCAGCAGCCUUCAUUGCAAACCAGGACCUCAGCAAGUGGCUGGCACCCCUGGCUUUCAGUUCAAUAACAACACAGGUGCAAGAUUCUUAACAUCCAGAUGUCCAGAAAAGGAAAACUGGGUGUUGGAGGGGUUUGGUAUUUGCCCUGGUUGGGUAGAACAUUUGGCAUCUGAUGGAGGGAUGUGUUUCGAGGUCAAGAGCCUCCAAUACAAGACUUUAAGGAAACUUAGUCCUGUCCACUGAGGAUUUUGGAGGCUGUAGGUUUAAAGGAGGCUUGUAGAAACACAGAAGCUGGAGUUACAGGUUGAGGUUGACCAGCCUAGGCAUUCUCUGGGGACGUGGAGCCAGGUCACUGCUUGCCCUGUGCCUCUGCCUGGAUGUAGAGCCAUUGACAGCAGCCCUCUAACUGUGACCAUCCAACCAAUUCUUUAUCUGCCUAACAGCCUGCCCUUCAAAUCCAUCUUUCUCCAAUGUAGAGCUAAGAACGUGGUAUGGGACCACGUCAGAGUCCUUGCACAACUACAGGUAGGCAUUAUCAGUUGCUCUGCCUUUGUCCACCAAUGCCACUGCGUUGGUCAGACACCUUGAGUGCAGUUUUUUGUUCUGAUAUUGUAAUAUUUUAGCCAAAGUGGGGCAGUUCCAGGCAGAGAGCUUGGGUGAUGUGCUGUGUUCCACUGCAGAGGGGCUGGAAAUGUGCUGGUUGGAGGUUUGGGCAAGGAAAGGAAUGUGUUGUCAUUACAGACAGUUGUGUUAAUCACUGAGCUGAGAUGGAGCAGUGGCUGGGAGCAGCAGCCAUGCCAACUUCAGUCCUAAAGAACAUUUUCUGCAGAAGGUGAAAUCCCAAAGGCACUGUGUCCCACAGCCGUGCCAGCAAGUGCUGGCAUCCAUCAGCUUGUUAAAGGUGAUUGACUGUGACUUCACCUGCCAGGAGAGCAGGGAGCAGAGCAGAAAGUACAAGAGGAGAUUAAAGAUCAGCGAGCAAUUUCCAUUGGCUGCCUUAAAAUUGCAGCGUGGUAAUUAGGCAGCUCACAAAUAGCUCAGCUCUCUGCCUGCCUGCUCAGAUUGAAACCUGUCACCACUGUGAGGAACUGAACUUGGCUGCGAGGGAGCAAAAGCAAAAGCCUCGUUCAGCAGCACAGUAAUGCAGCCAUGCAGGGACCGAGACCAGUGGUUCUGAGUGGCCCAUCAGGUGCAGGGAAGAGCACUUUGAUAAAGAAAUUGUUUAAAGAUUAUGAGAACAUCUUCGGCUUCAGUGUCUCUCAUACAACGAGGCAGCCAAGACCCGGAGAAGUAAAUGGCAAAGAUUACCACUUUGUGACCAGAGAAGAAAUGAAGAAAGAAAUCGAUGCUGGUGAAUUCAUUGAGCACGCAGAGUUCUCAGGAAAUAUGUAUGGGACGAGUAAAGGUGCAGUGCAGGCUGUUCAGGCCAAGAACCAGAUCUGCAUCCUGGACAUUGACAUCCAAGGCGUAAAGAACAUCAAGAAGACAGACCUGAACCCCAUCUACAUCUCGGUGCAGCCUCCAUCCAUAGAUGUCCUGGAAAAAAGACUGCGUGACCGACAGACUGAGACAGAAGAAAGUCUACAGAAGCGUUUGACUGCAGCCCGUGUAGAUUUGGAACUUAGUAAAGAGCCUGGCCUCUUUGACUUGGUCAUUAUUAAUGAUGAUCUAGAAAAAGCCUAUUCAGAACUGAAGGAGCAGCUCCUGAAGGAAAUCCAGAAGGCCCAAGAAUCCAGGAAGUCCUGAGCUGAGCCUGCCUGGACGUUUUAACUUGAUCACAUCAUUCCUGAGCCACAUCACAGCAUUUCAUUCCAAGAGACAUUCCCUUUAGGCCCAUCCUCCUCCCGUGUUAUUCUAGGAUAUUUCUAUUAAAAGGAAGGAAAACAAAA